AUGUCCAAGCGAGAUACAGGGUGGAUUCGUAAACAUAUUUACUCUAAAAAGGACUCUAAGAAGAAAACCUGCUCAUUCUUUGUGGCACACGUCAUCGAGGUGACCAAAUGUGGUGUUUGCGGAAAAAUUAUAAAGGAGCGACCAGCGGCAGCGGCUACCUUGGAAGUCGACUGGAGACCACAGAAUGUAUUUGUUAGAUAUUGUCCUGUGUGUUUCCAAGCAAGACCCGGCAUCCAAGAAAAAAGAACAGACUGGUUACCUGGCUACUGA